AUGGGCGCCGUCAUGGUGGACGAUCCAGCGGUGAUCUUGUUCGCAGGCGGCAUCGGCAGGGGAGGGAUGGUGGUCGAUUCAAACGUUGAUGUUUUCGCGGUGCCGCUGGACGUUGAUGAAGAUGAUGACGAUGACGACGACGACAACGCCACUGGUGGUGCUGUCGGGGGUGGAGGCGAAGAAACACUGGUGGACAGGGACGUCCUCUCGCUUGGAGUCGCCAGGACCGACAUGGGAGCGGGGGGGACAAGCAGUGCGAUGUUCUUUGCCGGGGGGUGCGGCAUGGAGGACGUCGGGGACGACAACCAACAAGAGACCCAAAGCUCAGGGACUACAAUCAUUCAAGAUGGUGGUGGGGAGAGCGGGGGCGGGGUUGCCGUUGACGUGCCCCCCGGAGCGGACCCCGAUGUGCCCUUGCUGCUCAAGAACUGUCAGGCCACGGACGCGGUGGAUGUGUUUUUUUUGGGGAGCGGCGGCGGCGGUGAUGGGGCGCAAGAAGGGAAAGGGAAGCUAUCGCUUCUUCCUCCGGACGCCGUAAGGCUGUGCGAGCCCAAGUACGCCGCCACGGUGGGGGUGUUUUUCACGGGGUCCCCGGACGAGGGCGACCCUUCCGCCUGGGCGCCGACGGCGCACGUCCUCGUGGCCGGAGGCAUUAUACCCACGGGGGGCGGGGAAGGGGGAGGCCAGUACACGGCCACGUCGACGGUAGACAUAUUCAGGCAUGAUGGGAUCGACGAGGCAACCGGCGAGGCCAAGGUGGCCACGCUUCCCGUACCGCGCUUGCCGAACCCUCCCCGGUUCGAGAUGACGUCCUGCUGCUUCAAGCACCAGUGCGUGUUCGCGGGGGGACGGGUUUCGAUGGGAGAGGGAGGCGCUGGCUUCAACAGCGACCGCGCCGAGGUGUGGGACGGGGCAACGUGGAGCUUCGCCACCUGGGGGGAGCACACGCUGUCGGAGCCGCGGCACCUCAUGGGGUCGGCGGUGAUCGAGAUCUCGACGGGCCCGGAGAAGCGAACUGUGGGGAUGUUCGCUGGAGGCGUUUCGAACACCGGGGACUCAUCCAUGGUAGACCUCUUCGACUUCGACGAGCGAAGGGUGCUGCCAAGGAUGGACGCGCCAACCGUCAGGGCCAACGCAAGGGGUUUCCUUUUCUCGGGAGGUGGCGGCGUUUGUGGGGGCAACGGGGAAGAUCGACGUGUUUGA